AUGGGUCUUUCGAACGAUGAUCGUGGAUGGGUCAUGGCAAGUGUCAGUGGUGUUGCGUGCAUCAUCGGGGCUUCCAUCAUCUGCGUCGACAUAAUCAUCAGGAAAUUUCCCAGCAAGCGUAAUUUCAGGAUACAGGACAGCGAUACAUUUUUAUCGUCGUCGCUCAGCCUGAGUUUUGGUGUCAUGCUUUUCUCGGCGCUCUUUAGCAUGAUGCCUUCGGCCAGGAGUUCCCUGCAAAAAGGAGGCAUGUCACCAAAAGCAGCCGCUUGGACAUUGAUCGGCUGUUUCUUAGCAGGAGCCUUGGGUAUACAAGUCAUCAGCCGACUUGCUCAUCUAUUCAUGCCAUCGCAUGUGGUAGACUGCGAACAUUCGCAUGAUGAAGAGGCCGCUGUCAAGGAGCCAACCGAGGAGGAUGGACGCGUACGCCACGAGCAGGCUCACCCUCCUUAUCACGACCGCUCUCAUGGCGUAUCUAAUCAGACUAUCAAGCAACAUGGUGAACACGUUCACAUCCAACGACCGAAAAUUGCGCCACGCAAAUCAACUUCUGCUGCUGCUGAUCAGAAUGGUACUGCAACGCUUCCUCCUGGCAAGAGUCUCUCGAGACGACCCUCACUACAAGCUCGUUUGAGUCAGACACUUUCUUCAAUCGCUUCUAGAUCUAAGUCAUCUUGUGAUUGUGAUGGUCCCUGCUAUGGCUUUAGCGAACCAUGCGGUGCGGACUGCUUUAAGAACAUGCAGACAAGACAGGCUAGCACUCGAUCCAUCAUUCGUCAGCAGCUUCUGCGUGGCGAAUCGAACGCCUCGGAGCAAACUCCUCUGCUGCAGGAUAUCAGAGAGGAGGUCACGCCUCGUCCUGAACAGCAGAAUCGCAUGGCAUCCGAUACAGCGCUACAAACUAAGAGAUCAAAUGGAAUGCUUGGCUUGAGCACUGAUGCUGUGAUUGAGGAGGAAGAGGAUUCGCAAUCGCUUCACCACACCAAGUCGCAUGCCUCACUUGCCAGCAACCAUCAACACAGUGGAGAACAGCAACAUCACCAUCAUCAUGUCCCUACCAACGUCUUCGCAUCAAUUGGUAUCCAGACAUCCAUCGCAAUCGCUCUUCACAAACUUCCCGAAGGCUUCAUCACCUUCGCCACGAACCACGCGAACCCCAAACUUGGCUUUGCCGUGUUCUUAGCUUUGUUCAUCCACAACAUCACUGAUGGCUUCGUCCUUGCUCUUCCCCUUUAUCUCGCCAUCAACAACCGUGCCAAAGCGAUGUUUUGGGCCUCUCUUCUUGGCGGUGCUUCUCAACCUCUCGGCGCUGGCCUCGCUGCCCUCAUCUUCAAGAUUGCUGGCUCUAAGAACGUUGCCAUCAGCGAGAACUUCUAUGGUGCCAUGUUUGCCGUAACAGCCGGUAUCAUGACUUCUGUGGCAUUGCAGCUCUUCGGUGAGAGUCUCGAACUUACGCAUAACCGAAGCCUUUGCAUGAUCUUUGCGUUUGUUGGCAUGGGUAUCUUGGGUUGCAGUUCCGCAUUGACUGCUUAG